AUGCCAAUCAGCAAGACAACUCGUGUCUUGUCUGUCCACGAGUCUUGUUCAUAUUUGGACAAUCCUCCAGAUAGUCCGCCAAUGGUGCUAACGUGUUACAAGUGCUUGCCCUCAUGUGUCCUUUUUUCACACACAGGAAGGCUUAGAAAAAUAUUCUCUAAUGACUUUGAUCAUCCAGAGACAAUCUUUCACGCUGUGUUUGGGAAGAAAUGUUAUACUUGGUCUUUUAGUGGGGAUUUUACUUUCCGAAGUUCAGAAUCUGGAUUUGAGUGGAGAGAAAAAUCAGACUGGACCAAUCAAAGAACAGAAGAGUGGGAGCCUUCUAGUGAAAGUGAACUUGUGGAUGAGUCAUAUGCUGUAGGAUCAUGUUCUGAUAGAGCAAUCCUUGGUCUGCCUCCAACUGGCCGCUUAAAGCUCGAAGAUGUUAAAAAGGCCUUCCGCUUAUCAUCUUUAAAGUGGCAUCCUGAUAAACAUCAAGGUCCUUCACAGGCAAUGGCUGAAGAGAAAUUUAAGACCUGUGUUGCGGCAUACAAAUCAUUAUGUAAUGCUUUAGCAUGAGGUGAUUAGUGUUUCUUCAAAUUGAAGCUACACAGAGAGAAUAAUAUCAAUCUAUUUAUAAGCAGUACUGAUUGGUUCUUCCAAAGUUUUAGUUUUUGGUCUCACAAUUGACAAUGGGCCUUGUAUUUUCUUUUUCUUUUUAUAACAAGGGAACAGAGAUUGUAUAACUUCAAUAUAAAAUAUAAGGUGAUUAGAGAUCUUGAUGAUGAUUCUUACAGGUAAAGAA